UCCCGAUAAAAAUCCAGCACCGCCUAUUCCCUUCUUUCUCAACUUCUCUUUUAACGCUGCAAUUGCAGCUGAGAAGCAUUAGAUACCCCAAAUCUUUGGCUUAUUUCUACAUAUUCACCCUUUAAUUUUCUUAACUUUUCAAUUUAGUCCAACAUGCUUUUAAGGAGCGCAUCGAUGCCGUUACUUAAUUCAUGGGUCCCACACUCGAAGGAGCCGUCGCCGGAGCUCGAUUCGUUGCACCUGAUUGGCCGAACCCGAUCCGUUUCGCUCAGGAUUUUGUGUUCGAGCUCGAGCUCGAGCUCGAUUUCUGUUGGGUCGGGCGAUGACCCAAGCAGGAGGAUGACGAGGGCGGUGUCGGAGACGGAUCUGAGGGAGAUGGUGGUCCCUAAGAUGAGAGAAGUUAAGCGAAACAAUGGGAUCUUGAAUACGAUCUUUGUUGAGGAAGAAGAGGAGGUGGAGAGAGAAGAAGCUGGAUUUCAGUGGCGGAGAACGGCGUCGCUCGCGGUGGAGGAAGAGUGUGAAAUUGGCGGGGCUGAUGGUGGUGGUAGAUCGGACAGUGGUGGUGAUAACGAAUGGAGCUCGUGGGAUUCGAAUAACGGAAACGAUGGUACCGAGUUGUAUUAUCAGAAAAUGAUCGAGGCUAAUCCUGGAAAUUCACUUCUCCUCAGCAAUUACGCUAGAUUCUUAAAAGAGGUUCGUGGGGAUUUCGUGAAAGCCGAGGAAUACUGCGGGAGGGCGAUCUUGGCUAAUCCAAAUGACGGGAAUGUUCUAUCUAUGUAUGCUGAUUUAAUCUGGGAAACUCACAAAGAUAGUUCCAGAGCUGAAACUUACUUCGAUCAAGCUGUUAAAGCAGCUCCUGAUGACUGUUUUGUGCUAGCAUCAUAUGCAAGGUUUCUUUGGGAUGCUGAGGAAGAAGAAGAUGGGGAAAAUUUGAGUGAAGUACCAGAGCCAAGCUUUAUCCAUGGAGUUUCUUCAAUGCCUCCACCUUUGACUGCUGCUUCUUAAGAGCCUUCUCUGACAUGGCUUGUAUAUUUAGCUAUUUUUCUGACUUUUUUUGUUCAUGUUACCUUUUUCUUUGUUUUUAAGUAGAAAUGAUAUGAGUGAAUUAUGUGUAGUUAUUGAGAACUCUGUUUUGCCUUUUCUCAUCCUUGGUAAUACCAUAUAAUGUAAAAGGAAAUAUAAAUAAUAUAUGAAAAAUAAAUCUUCCAGUGAA